AUGAACAGCGAGGUGUCCUUCGGUUCUGUGUCCCCCGCCCUCAGUGAUCGCUCGUCGUUCCCUCGCUUCAUCCGGACAGUGGCUCCAGACUCCUCCCACAACGCCGCGCGCCUCGCCUUCCUCACACACCACUCCUGGAGCACCGUCACCACCAUCUCCGAGAACCACGACCUCUACACGCUGGCCCUGAACGAGCUGAUGCCGGCGCUGGAGGCUGCCAAUAUCUCCUUGCAGGCCACCGUGACGCUCUCAACAGGUGACUACACGGAGCACCUCUACUCCCUCAAGGAGAAAGACUGCCGCAUCUUCAUCGCCAGCUUCUCCGCCACCCUCGCCAGGAAGGUCUUCUGCCAGGCCUACCACCUCGGCAUGUACGGGGCGGACUACGCGUGGGUGUUGUCGGGGGCGCCGCAGGACAGCUGGUGGCGGGACACGUCGGGCACCAACUGCACCUCGGCCCAGCUGGUUGAGGCGGUGCAGGGCGUGGUGCUGGUGGCGGCGCACGGCUCCAUCAUCGGCACCAACGCCUCGGAAUCUGGCCUGACCAACAGCCAGUUCCUGCACGAGUUCUCCCGCACCGGCCAGCCGCUCACCGAGUACGUCACCCAUACCUACGACGCGCUCUGGGCCAUCGCUCUCGCCCUCCGCCAGAUGGGCUUGAAGGCAGCGCGGCAGAGGUUUUCGAGAGCAGUCGGCCGGAGGGAGGUCAACGCGGCGCACCUCGUCAAGGUCACCCAUUGGCCCAGGAAGCAAGGCGACCAGACGUGCAGCUCGGGCCUCCACCAACUCCCCGGCAACUCCACCAAGCCCACCAUGACCUGGAUCCUUGGGCGCCUGGCUAAGCUGCAAGAGGACCUGAGGCAAGGAUCUCUAGCGAAGGACGAGGAGGAGGAGGAGGCGGCGACGGGAUUGGCAGAGGGAGGCGUCGCGGGUUUCGAACUGGACACCUUCGACUACUCGCGCGAAGACUUGGCGGACCAGAUGCUCGAGACUCUGCAAGGCUUGAGGUUCCGCGGAGUGUCGGGUCCCAUCUCCUUCGACUGUCCUGACCGGGUGGGAGUGACGGCGUUCCACCAGGUGCAAGCCGGCGAGCCCGUGAAGGUAGCGCUGUACCACCCCGAGGAGGCGUGGUUGGACCUGACGUGCCCCGGCUGCCGCGCGCUGGUGUGGCCCGGCGGCGACGUGCCCACCUCGCGGGUCUUCAAGCUGCGCGUGGACACCGUGGCACCAGCGGCCUUCAUCAUCAUGUCCUCGCUGGCCACGCUGGGCAUCCUGCUCGCCCUCGCCUUCCUCAUCUUCAACCUCACCUACAGACGCCUCAAGUACAUCAAGUUGUCCAGCCCGCGCCUGAACAACACAACAGUGGUGGGCUGCGUGCUCGUCUACACUGCCGUCAUCCUUCUCGGCCUCGACCACGCCACGCUGCCCGGCCCGCACACCUUCCCCGUCGUCUGCACCGCCCGGGCGUACCUUCUCUCUGCUGGCUUCUCCCUGGCGUUCGGUUCCAUGUUCACCAAGACCUAUCGCGUUCACCAGAUCUUCACCAGGUCCAACAGCGCCGGCGUGGUGAGGAACAAGCUUCUGAAGGACAAACAACUCAUCGCCCUCAUCAUGGUGCUGCUGGUGGUUGACGUGGUGAUGGUGAGCGCCUGGCUGGCCGUCGACCCCAUGACCAGACACCUGCACAACCUCACCUUGGAAGUGUCGGCCCAGGAUCGCGGUGUUGUGUAUCAGCCUCAGGUUGAGGUGUGUCGCAGCGAGCACACGAGCGAGUGGCUGGGCGCCUUCUACGUGUACAAAGGGCUGCUCGUGGCCGUGGGAGUCUACAUGGCCUGGGAGACAAGGCACGUCAAGAUUCCAGCCUUGAACGACUCCCAGUACAUCGGCAUGAGCGUCUACAACGUCGUCAUCACCUCCGUCAUCGUCAUCGUGGCCGCUAACAUCAUCGGUGAGAGGACGACGCUGGCCUACGUCAUCAUCACCACCCUCAUCUUCACCUCCACCACCACCACGCUCUGCCUCCUCUUCAUCCCUAAGAUCCUGGUCAUCUGGCGCCGCACUGAAGGGGAUCCCAUCGUGGAGAGCAUGGGACUCAAGAUUCAGUACAACACACGCAGACUACUGACGGAGGACAAGCGGGAGAAGUAUUACCGCGCGGAGGUGCAAAACAAGGUGUACCGGCGAGAAAUGCUGAAGCUGGACCAAGACCUCCACAAACUACACCAGCGCGUCGAGGCCCCCUGCAGCCCCACCUCCUCCACGGGCUCCUUCGGCAAACAGGAGUCGAUAUCUUCAGGAACCUCCGAUAAUUACAGGCGGGGGCGAAGAGAGGCGGAGGGAGGCGGGGGCGGCAGCGGCGGCUCGAGGGGCGGGGCGGCAGGGUGGAGAGCAGGGGGCAGUGAGGACGGCGAGGCGCGGAUGCUGGUGCUGGGGGCGCCUCACACACAGUACCUGCGGAGCGAUGAUGCCACCGCCAGGAGGAUGAAGAGGGAACGACUCAACCGCUCCCUGCACCGCUCUCUCCCCUCCCUCCCGCUGGGUUGUUCCCCUGAGAAAGCCUCCGACACCCGCCUCCCCGCUGACGGCGCCGAGGACGACAGUGAGAGUGCGUCCUGCGGCCCGUCACAGGUGUUUUUCGACGCCGUCAGGUUCCAUGAGGACCAGGAGGAGGCACGGAGACAGGCGGAAGAAGACGAUGGCGAUGACGAUGAAAACUCUCCGAGGCCCGGGACUUUCCCCUCCUCUCCCCACCCACUGCAGCGCUCGCGGUUGGUGAAGCGGAGCCCCAUCAAACCCCGCCCCGAGCCCGAGGACGAGGGCAUCGUCGACCUUCGCUACACACUGAACUUCUCCACCCCGCUCCUGCACGGCGUCACGGAGGCCGACCUUCCUUUCUCCAUCAGCACUCACGUGCACCACGGCCCGCGCGUGUCCUUCAUGGACCAGGACGCCCACCACUACUACGACGCUAGCAGGGAGCUGCGCAAGUCCUCCCUCAGCUCCUACUCCAGCCCCGAGGUGCGGCGACCCAGGAACACGUGCUCCUCCACGGACAUUCGGCUGCAGAUUGAGUGUUCCAGCGUCAUGCAGGACGAAAAACUCUCUCCCGUCGUGGAGUACCGAGUGAAUGACCUCGACGUGUUGUGUCCGAGCAGCCAAAAGGAGAACAAAACGCAACGCUCCGCGGAGGGCGUGGCUCCCGGCGAGAAGAGGGAAGACUCGGGCGGCGGCACCACCAACGCCUGCAGGCACGCCUCGAACGGCGCCCUCAACCGAACACCGACAACGGGCAACAGCUGCCCGGAGUCCCGGCACGUCAGGUCCCCCAAGAAGAACGCGAGCAAACCACUGGCUGAGAACGCGUCGGUGCCGCCCGCCGCCAGACCCGCCGGCCACAUAUUCUCCACCGUGAUUGUCCACCAUAUGGCCAACGUCCACAUCUAGUGCGGCCCCCUGGCCUGUGUUCAUUGUGUUAGGGCACCGCGGUGUGUGUGUGUGUGUGUGUGUAUGUGUGUGUGUGUGUGUGUGUGUGUGUGUGUGUGACUUAUACACUGAGCGUAACUUUCAUGAGCGAUAUUCGACAAUUCAUAGCAGUAUAGAUAUACACUAGUUUGUAGCAACUCCUACUAGAGGCAGAAUGGCUGUGGGCAGGGCGGGUGGCGUGUGUAUGAGGAAUGUGUAUCGACAUUACGGCACGGAAGGGGGAGAGGAGUGCUCGCGGGACGUCCUGGUCUGUUGCAGGAGGUCUCGCGGUGGGGGCUGCGGGUCACGCUCUCUGAGACUCCUGCAGGACGCGCCUUCCUCUCCCCGCUGGUGGCUGUGAAGCUCUCCACGACCCUCCUCCUCCUCCUUCGUCUUGCCUAGGGCGUGGGGACGAACACGACACAUGGCCUGAAGGAGGGGGAGCCGGGUCGAGGGGAGGGAGUCAAGGGGCAGGGACAGGACUGAUAGGACAUUCUCUCUUGCUCUCUCUCUAUCUGUAUGUCUGUCUCUAUCUAUCUAUCCAUCUAUCUAUCAGCCUAUCUAUCGAUCUCAGUCCUUGUCACUUUCAAUAUCUGACGAGAGUAUAGGAAGAGGACACGUAAAGCAUCCAAGUCAUCAUUAUCGUCAUUGUCUUUCCCUUCACCUUCGGAGGGAGAGAAACUGAUAAUGAUCGCCGGGCUGCUCGCCGCUGUGGUUUUGUACUGACAUAGUAUUAUUUACAGUAAGAUCUUAUAGUGUUGUCGGGAGUUACGAAACACAACAAGUAUUUUCUUACGGAUGUGCUGGCGGCUUGGUGUUGUGAGGGGGGCGAGUCGCAGGCCUGUGUAGUGUUAGGGGACGGAUAGUUUUUUCCUCUAUUUUGUAUGGGAACGAAUUAAGGAAAGGAGGUGGCCGCGCGGAGAACACACAGGGCUUCGAGUUGGACAUGUGUAGUAGUUAUCAGCAAUAUAGUUUAGGGUAACUUGAUGGUCGAAAUUGAAGAGGAAGGACGGGGGGAGGUAGAGCAGGGAUGAGGAGGGAGAGAAUCACUGCCGCUUCCUCUCAGUCUCUCGCCGUCACACCUCUCCCCUUCCAUCCCCGCCGAGAACUAUGGGAUCACGCAAACACUUGGAAAAUUAACGCGUCACGUCUUUCUCUUAGCUGUCGAAGGUAUGCUAAGGAGCUGUAAUUCGUCAUUAUCCCGUGAGUCCAAGCUGUUUCAUCAACCCCCUUCUAUCCCUUUGGACGGAAGAAUAAUACUAGUAAAUCAGUACUCUUGCUACAGUUAUAAGUGGUCCCGCUCAUAAGAGAACCUUCGAUUGCCGGAAUAAACCUUUCUCGCGGCCACACGUGUCCACCCUCGCCGGAGACGGAGCUGGCCGGUGUGUCUCGAGGGGCGGCCACUCAAAGGCUCGUGAGGGACAGUCACACACGAUCGAUAGGUACUUCUGACACACGUUCCCGGUGAGGGAUUCUGUAUUAUAGGCCCCACACUGACCAACACACUCAUCCAUUCUCAUCCCCUAAGGUAAAAUAUACAUCUAUGAUAAAAACCAUAUAGGGAUCCAAGUAUUGUUCACACAUAGCAUUUUUAGCAAUGGAAUACGCUGUACGAUUAUAUCGCAUGUACAUACAU